CCGGCCGGAAACAGGAACCCGAAAGAGAUGAGGAGACGAUCGGAAUCCAACGGCCCCAGGAGACGGAACACUUUUUCUCCGAGUGGGCGCUAGGAAGGGAUGCGAGGGGGAAGAUAAAUUGAGUGGCGCUACGAGGAUCGCACAUGGCGGUGAAGAAGAGAGUGUGCGUUACAGGUGUGACAGCUUGACUUUUCAACAUGGAGAAGAAACAAAUUUCACAACGCUUGUAUGUUGGAGGGCUUGGCCAUACGGUUUCUAAGGCUGAACUGCAAGAAAGAUUUGGCAAGUUUGGGCAUGUUUUGGAUGCAGAGAUUAUUACCAGAAAAGACGAUCAGGGGAACCCUAUGAAAACUUUCGCUUACAUCAGUGUCAGCAUUUCUGAUGCAGAUCUUAGAAAGUGCAUGUCAGUUUUAAAUAAAACAAAAUGGAAAGGGGGGACACUGCAAAUUGAGUUGGCCAAAGAAAGCUUUUUGCAGAGGCUCGCCAUGGAGAGGGAGGAAGCAAAGCUGCAGAAAGAAAAGCCACAGAGAAAUGACAAAGCAUGUCUGUUAGAAUCACUGAAAAAGGCUGGAGUUGUAGACUUUCACAUGAGAGCAGUACCAGGUACAGAGGUGCCAGACCAUAAGAAAUGGGUUGUUGGUAAAUUCGGCAGAGUCUUGCCUAUCCUGCACCUUAGGAGUCAACAAAAAAAUAAAAUUGUGAAAUAUGACCCAUCAAAAUACUGCCAUAACCUUAGAAAGCUGGAGCCAGACUUGACACAUGUAGUUCCUAUAUCCGAGCUUACUUGGCACUUGGAAGGGAGAGAUGACAGCAUAAACAAGAAGCAGCAAGGAGAGUUCCCUGUAACUAAGAAGCCACCUAAAAAACUGAGGCAACUGGGCAGUGAGGCUCUGAAUGGAGCAGUAGUUUGCUCUUCUGGGUGCCAGUCACGUUCAAAAAACACAAGCUCAUCACAGCUAGAUCAAAGAUCAAAAUCCAAAUCCAGUGAGAAGUCUAAAUUGCCUCCAUCAAGCAGUCUUAAUAGUAAAAUAUCAGGGAGAGGUUUGUUAUCGGAUAAAAGCAAUGCUUCUGGACUUACAGCUCAAAAUAAUAUGAGUGUUUCUGACAGUGACAUUGAUUCUGAAGAGGAAAUCAGAGCAAUGCUAAAGAAAGAGGUAGAAAUACAGAAAGCUGAAAAUGUUGAGACUGAAAGUGACCAGUUGGAAAUUGUUGGGGAUAAUUUUGAAUUAAAAUACAAUAGUCACUGGUCCUUAAGCAAUCCAGAUGCCAUGAAGAAAGCUAUCAAAGGAAGUUAUAGAGAGAAAGACACUGUGGAAUGCGAUAAUGGUUAUGAUUCAGCAGAUACAGAUGAAAUUAUUGCUGAAAGCAAAACUCCAGAUCUAAGUAGCAGGAAAACUGCAAUUUUAGAAGAUUCUAAACAGGUGAAGGUGGAAAAUAAAGAAAUAUUAACUAACAAAAAAUGUGAUUUGGUAAAUGACUUCUCACUGAAGACUCACAAUUUAAGAGAAGAAUAUGUUGAAAGAAAAGGAAAAAUGAAAAAAUCCAAAAUUGCUGCCCUAACAAAAAAUAGUACCGCAGUUAACAGUACAACAAAGACAAGCGAUAGUGAAAGCUCCUAUUCAGAGCCUGAGAAAGGGGAGUCUGAAAUCAGUUCUGAUUAUGAAUCCAUGAUGCAAAACUGUUAUCGCGUAGACCUUACAUUAGAUGACUUAAAAGCAUUAGCUACUGAAAACACUGGGACACCAGUAGAAGAGUCAGACAGUACACAGAGUUCUAGUCAGCACAGUGUUGAGGAAAAUUCUAAGGGUAAUGUAAAUACAACAAAACUUACUAAGUUUCACCCUGCAGUUAAAAAAAAAUGUAUCUGUCCUGAAGAUGUAGUUGCUGCAAUUUUAGCGGGGGAGGAGAAUGCUGAUGAAGAAACCUCCAAGGGACAAAAUAAUACGCAUUUGAAAUAUCAGCCCUUCAGAGGAAUGGGGUCCCUUUGUGAAAAAGAGUUAACUAAGGACAGCACUGGUUUAAAGAAGAGGUCUGUAGAAAGUCUAGGUCUUGAAGCUUGUAUUUCUUAUUGUGGGGAGGAGUCAUCUAAAAGGCAGUCUAAGAACCAUCCACUGUAUUCGCUUGAAGUCAGCAGUAAAAAGAGACAAAAUAUGCAUUGUGAGCAGCGUAGGGAAUUGUCAGAUGCUGCCUCCUUAGCAGAUGAGAGUGAUCAGCCUGUUUCCUGGCCACGUUUACAAGGAAAGAGCAAAGAUGCGAGUUUGUUGCAAGAUCAAAAUUCAGAGCACGGAGAUGCUGUUCCUAGUACUGAUCAGAGUGAAGAUGAGAGCAGUGACAUGGAUAGUAAUGCUGCAGUGUCACAGAAACAUGUUAAACGACAACUGAAAAGCCCAAAACUGCUUUCAAAAAAAUUGAAGAGGGAUGUAAGCAAUAAAAAUCCAGAAUGUGAAGCUACUAAAUGUGAGAAUGGGAAGACAAGCCUUCUGGAAAAUAAGGAGCUUUGUCUUCAUGCUACUGCUUCAAAGGAACCUAAUACAAAAAAGAAGCAGUUGCAGGAUAACCAGAGGAGGCUGGCAGCUCUAGAAGAGAGACAGAAAGAGAGAGAAUUACAGAAGAAACUCAUUCAAGGAGCUCUUUCAAAUCUGGAUAGCCAGCCAGCAGGCAAGCAUAAACACAUCGUAUUCAAUUCAGAUGUGGAAAGUGAAGCUGAAGUAGAUGAGAUGUUGAAGAAAGAUGCGAGUUUGGGAAAUAUGCACGAAGAAGAUGAAUCUGCUCCUAAAACUUCGGGCAGACUGUUUGAAAGCAGCGAAGAUGAGCAAGAUGAUACAGACGAUGAGAGAUUCAAAAUUAAGCCCCAGUUUGAAGGCAAAGCUGGUGAAAAACUCUUGAAAUUGCAGUCGCGAUUCGGCACAGAUGAAAGAUUUCGCAUGGAUGCUCGAUUCCUUGAAAGUGACAGUGAAGAAGAAGCAGAGACAAACAUCGUGAAGGCAGAUGAGGAAGAAGAGCUUGCUGCAGAGAAAAAGAAAAAUCUGCAAAUACUGGGAAGCCUCUUGAAUAUCAACCUGGAACACCCUAAGCCAACUAAAACAGCCACAAGUGCUAAGAAAUUCAAAGAUAUUAAUGCCCUCCGCUAUGAUCCCACAAGACAGGACCAUGCAGUUUUUGAAAGGAAACCAAGUGCUACAGAAAAAGAGAGUAAAGCUAAAAGGAAGAAGAAGAGGGAAGAGAGUGAGAAACUGCCUGAAGUGUCUAAAGAAAUGUAUUAUGAUAUUGCUGUUAAUUUAAAAGAGUUGUUUGGAUCUUCAAAGAGCAAAUCAGAAAAAAAUGAAGAAAUACCCUGGGACAAAGACAAUGAGGAGGAGUCUACCCCACCUGACCAUUUGGGAUCUAACGUUGGGAGUAACAUAGCUCAGGAGUCUAGUGGUUUCACAUUUUCCUUCUUUGGAGACAUGGAGGAGUCGGGCAUAAAAGAAGAGCCCUACAUACUUGAAACAAUAAAACCUGUAAAAGUCACAUGGCAAGAAGAUCCACGUUUCCAAGACAGCAGUUCUGAGGGUGGUGAUGAACCAGAGGCAUCAGAAAGUGAAAGGGACAAAGAAAUGUUUUUCUCCUUACCACAGACAGAAAGUGCUAGAUUUUUCUUCUUCUCCAAAGAUGAUGAACGACUAAGAGAGGGCCCUAAGUUAUUUUGUAGAUCAGUAGACCUCAGUGAAGAAAAAGAUGGUUGGGAAGACAGGCGUAGAUUAUUGCUUGAGGAAUGCCGGAAGAAGCAUAAGGAUGCAAGAAGGAAAGUGAAAGCAAAACAAUAAAUCUUUAUCUUAGUGGUCAGAAACGUUUCAUGUUUCUUUGAAGAAGUUGCAGAAAAAUGUUACUUUAAAAAUUCUAGUCGUUCAAAGAUCUAAUAGGAAAUAAUAUUGGAAAAGACUGUUAAACUUUGCUUCUAAAUAGGUACAUGUUUAUGGUGUCAAUUCAAUGUUUGUACCAAGGUUUGGUUUUUUUGGUCUAUAUGUUUUAAAUGUGACUUGCUGCUUCGCAAAAUUUUUGAGAAUUUGAUCGUGUAACAAAGACAACACAGGGUUAUUUUGCUGUGUUCUCAGGCCCCAAUGCUGAACAGGGCUGAGAAAGAGCAGGUACCUCCAUGUCUAUAAGACUAUAUAUAAUGCAUAUUCUGCUGAACGUAAUAGAGAUGCUGUUUGAGAUGCCUUCACAAGUAUUUGGAAUGCAUCUUUCCAGAGUAAACAUUUACCAGAAGUUUAUGAAAAUACAUAUAUAACAGGGAAGACUUAUGAAAUGGGUAGAUUGGUCUUUCUUCACAGAGCUGAUUUUUCUAUUUUUUAAUUGAGUGUGUACAUGAAUAAAUAUAAAGGA